GGUUUUACAUUUCUGUUUGUGGUACAGGAAAAGGCUUAUGAUCUGAGGGCUUGAUUCAGUGAAAUAACAUUGCCUUAUACACAUUUGCUUCACAAGGAGGGCAGGAGUUGGAAGCGACCGUUUUGAGACGUUAAAGAUUUGCUGGCAGAGGGGAAGGGAUUUUUUUUUUCCCUCCCUCCCUGCCGAGGAAACGCAGUUCUAACGAGGAGUUACUUUGUAAUUUUAACUCAUAUUCAAAUACUUCCAGCCCUCGAAGCUGCCGGAGAUCUCCCACAACUUCUUGAUCUGGACUCCGAGGGACUGUUCAGGGCUCUCCCUCAUCCUCAAAGCCCCCGGCAUGAGUUUACAGAAGAGAAUCUUCCCUCAAAGGGAGAAUGGGACGCAUGAAGUGGUGGCUAAGCCCAGUCCAGUCACCAGCCGUCAGCCAAGGGCCAGAGAUCAGGAACGAAAGAAAGGCAGCUUUACUUCCUCUCUGAGGAUGGAGCCGCAUAGCCGUUCGGGAAAGAGCAGAAAAUCCACAAAAUUCCGGUCGCUCUCCCGGUCCCUGAUCCUCUGUAAUGCUAAGACCAGUGACGACGGCUCAAGCCCUGAUGAGAAAUAUCCGGAUCCUUUUGAGAUUUCCCUGGGCCAGGGCAAGGAGGGGAUUUUCCACUCCUCUGUGCAGCUGGCAGACACGUCGGAGGCUGGGCCCGGCAGUGUUCCUGAUCUCACGCUGCCCUCCGAGGCCGCUCAGCUCCAGGCAGCUGGGAGUGAUCGAGGCAAGAACUGCAGGAGAAUGUUCUUCAUGAAGGAAACUUCUACAACUUCCUCCCGAGAAAAGUCCGGAAAACUAGAUGCACCAAGUAGUAACUUCCUGCUUCCCAAAGCCUGUCACCAAAGGACACGCAGCAACUCAACCAGUGUUAACCCCUACAGCACAGGAGAGACUGACUUCCCAGCCAGCAAGAGACCCGCAGCCUCCACAGACAGGCAGCCUUAUUCCCUCUGCAGCAACAGGAAGUCUCUCUCUCAGCAACUGGACUGUCCGGCCGGAAGGGCUGUGGGCACAUCGAGGCCAACGCGGUCGCUCAGCACAGCUCAGCUCGUGCAGCCGUCUGGGGGCCUCCAGGCGUCCGUCAUCUCCAACAUCGUGCUGAUGAAGGGCCAGGCCAAGGGCCUGGGCUUCAGCAUUGUUGGCGGAAAGGACAGCAUUUAUGGGCCCAUUGGAAUUUACGUCAAAACCAUCUUUGCAGGGGGAGCAGCGGCCGCAGACGGAAGGCUACAAGAAGGUGAUGAAAUUCUGGAACUCAACGGUGAAUCAAUGGCUGGACUCACACAUCAGGAUGCUUUGCAGAAGUUCAAGCAAGCCAAAAAGGGGCUCCUGACCCUCACGGUGAGAACCCGCCUGACGGCGCCCCCGUCCCUGGGCAGCCACCUGUCCCCGCCGCUGUGCCGCUCCCUGAGCUCCAGCACGUGUGUCACCAAGGACUGCGGCCCCUUGGUUCUGGACAGCCCGGAAGCUGCGGCCGGCACCGCCAAGCCCAGCUACAGAGUCAUGGUAGAGGUGUCUCUGCAGAAAGAGGCUGGCGUUGGGCUGGGGAUCGGCCUGUGCAGCGUCCCCUAUUUCCAGUGCAUCUCCGGCAUCUUCGUUCAUACCCUCUCUCCAGGAUCUGUGGCGCAUCUGGAUGGACGGCUCCGGUGUGGUGAUGAGAUUGUGGAGAUCAACGAUUCCCCAGUGCACUGCAUGACACUCAAUGAAGUCUAUGCGAUCCUGAGUCACUGCAGUCCGGGUCCAGUCCCCAUCAUUGUUAGCCGACAUCCAGACCCACAGGUCUCUGAGCAGCAACUCAAAGAAGCUGUGGCCCAGGCUGUGGAGAACAUCAAGUUUGGAAAGGAGAGGCACCAGUGGAGUCUGGAAGGUGUCAAAAGGCUGGAGAGCAGCUGGCACGGGCGGCCGACCUUGGAGAAGGAGCGGGAGAAGAACUCGGCACCCCCGCAUCGCAGGGCUCAGAAGGUCAUGAUCCGCUCCAGCAGCGACAGCAGCUACGUGUCGGGGUCCCCGGGGGGGAGUCCCAGCAGCGGUGGAGAGCAGCCGCCCUCUGACCUGGAAGUCAGCGCACACAGCCCCAGCCUGCCCCUGCGGCAGGAGCCAGGGGUGCCCCCCGUGACAUCAUCCAGGCCAGCCCAGGAGAGCCCACCCCUCCCUGAGGGCCGGGGCGGUCACCCGCCACUGAGGCUGAAGAAAUCCUUCGAGAUUUUGGUGAGAAAGCCUACGUCCUCGAAACCCAAGCCUCCACCCAGAAAAUACUUCAAAAGUGACAGCGACACUCAGAAGAGUCUAGAAGGGAGAGGGGACUCCCUGUGCCCUUCUGGGCACACCUUGCCCACCUGUGGCCCGGAAGCCAGAGAGCUACCUCCGCCACUGCCUCUGCAGGAAGACACAGCAGGGAGAGCCCCGCGCGCCGCUGCCUGCUGCCCAGGACCUGCUGCAGCUGGCUCGCAGACGACAUCCUCCUCAGAGGGCCAGCCGGCCAGGAGAGGAGCCAGCCCGGUGACACAAACGUCCCCAAUAAAACACCCGUUGCUUAAGAGGCAGGCUCGGAUGGACUGUAGCCUGGACACCACAGCCGAAGACCCUUGGGUAAGAAUUUCUGACUGCAUCAAAAAUCUCUUUAGCCCCAUCAUGAGUGAGAGUCACGUGCCUCUACAGCCCAGCGUCAGACUGGGUGAAGACAUUGGGACUCAGGGCCACCCAGAUGGGACUGCACCAAAGCUGGAUGCCACCAGUGGUGUCGCCCAAGUAUGCAAGUCGGCAGACAGCAGCACUGUGAAGAAGGGGCCUCCGGUGGCCCCCAAGCCAGCUUGGUUUCGCCAAAGCUUGAAAGGUUUGCGGAAUCGUGCUCCAGACCCCAGGCGGCUGCCGGAGGCCUCCUCCUCCACCCAGCCAACACCCGCUUCCAGGGAGCCCCUGGGGCCACCCAUGCGGGCCUCCUCCUCCAUCAAGCAGAGAAUCAGCUCCUUUGAAACCUUUGGCUCCUCCUCUCAGCUGCCUGACAGAGGAGCCCAGAGACUGAGCCUCCAGCCCUCCAGUUCCCUGGGGGAGGCAGCCAAACCUCCCGGGAAGCAAGAUGGAGGACCGGCUUCUGGUCUCUUGGGACGAGAAGCUCCCCACUCCGUGGAGCAGCGGCUGGAGCCGGAGCAGCCGCCACGGGCCUCCCCCACCACCCCGGAGGCCAGCGACCCGGGUGUGUCGGGGACCCCUCCUUCAGGACCGCAGCCCAGUCAGAAAACCCUUCCCCCAGACCCCGACCCUGUCUCGAGGCUGCUCUCCACGCAGACCGAGGAGUCUCGAGGCCCCGUGGUCAAGAUACCGAGCCAGCGGGCACGGAGCUUCCCCCUGAGCAGGACCCAGUCCUGCGAGAUGAAGCCUCUGGAUGAAAAGACCAGUAAACUCUACUCCAUCAGCAGCCAGGUGUCAUCGGCGGUCAUGAAGUCCCUGCUGUGCCUUCCGUCUUCAGUCUCCUGCGGCCAGACUCCCUGCAGCCCCAAGGAAGGGGCAUCGCCACCGCUUGCGUCCAGGGAAGACCCCGCAGCAAAUGGUUCUACUGAAACUCCUGCCUCGGACACGGGGUUCUCGCUCAACCUCUCGGAGCUGAGAGAAUACACAGAGGGUCUCAGUGAGCCCACGGACGCCGACGACUGGGACCACUGCACCUCUCAGUCCGGCCAAUCAGUUAUCUCCCUGCUGAGUUCCGAGGAAUUAAAGAAGCUCAUGGAGGAAGUGAAGGUUCUGGACGAGGCGACGUUAAAGCAACUAGACAGCAUCCAUGUCACCAUCCUACACAAGGAGGAAGGCGCUGGCCUUGGGUUCAGCUUGGCAGGGGGAGCAGAUCUGGAAAACAAGGUGAUCACGGUUCACAGGGUGUUCCCCAACGGGCUGGCCUCCCAGGAAGGGACUAUUCAGAAGGGCAAUGAGGUUCUUUCCAUCAACGGCAAGUCCCUCAAAGGGGCCACGCACAACGACGCUCUGGCCAUCCUCCGCCAAGCCCGGGACCCCAGGCAAGCUGUGAUUGUCACAAGGAAGCCAGCUCUGGAGGCCACACCCGACCUGAACUCCUCCACAGACUCUGCAACGUCGGCCUCAGCGGCCAGUGACGUCUCCGUGGAACCCACAGCAGAGGCCACGGUCUGCACGGUGACGCUGGAGAAGACCUCUGCAGGGCUGGGCUUCAGUCUGGAAGGAGGGAAGGGCUCCCUGCACGGGGACAAGCCUCUCACCGUUAACAGGAUCUUCAAAGUCACGGAAUCCAUGACCUCCUCUCCCCUCUCAGGGUCGGCCUCAGAACAGAGUGAGACGGUCCAGCCGGGAGAUGAAAUCUUACACUUGGCCGGCACCGCCGCGCAGGGCCUCACACGGUUUGAAGCCUGGAACAUCAUCAAGGCGUUGCCUGAUGGACCUGUCACGAUCGUCAUCAGGAGGAAGAGUCUCCAGUCCCAGGGGCCCACGCCUACCGGAGACCCCUAGGCCGGACACCAGUGCUGACGCCAAAGCCGAGAGCGCGCAGCCCCCCACAACCACUAAUUCUCAGGGUCACUGCUAGCCCCCACCCCCUGGGGGAAAGCACGGGUGUGCUUCCUGGGGGCUGCUGCCCAGGUCUGGACCUUCUGGGACGCCACGCAGCAAGAGGGUUGUCCCAAGUUAGGGCAGAGUCACACCGGGUGCUGAUACAGACUGUAGACUGUGUAUAGAGAGAGCUUAAUGGUAAUAUCGUGGUGUAAAUAAAAUGGGUAUAUUACGACUCGGUAUGAAA